UGGGCGAUACUGAGCCUUCAGUUGUCUCGAGGCAUCUGUUGGGAAAGGAGUCUACCCAAGAUGGCUGUAGUUGUGUCAGGAGGCGGGGCGACCAGCUACCUCUCCCAGAUGGUAAGGCAGAUGAGCAUAAAGGUAACACUGCUAUUGGUCCUCAUAACUGCGGGCGGAGCGAGAGCCGACGCACCUACCGUAAUGGGCGUCCAACUGUUUGUCAAUAACACGCCCACGGAGUUGCUGGAUGUCACUGAGAAGGAGACGUUAGUAGUGAGUUUCCAGUUGGAUGCCCUGCCUGAGGACGCGUCUGGGCUGGUGAUUAUACAGGAGAACAGCGCCGACAAUUUCGGACACGUGAAAAUGCCGGAUAGCUUCCCCUUAAAGGAAAUGGAGGGAGAUCUAACAGAGACAUUCAACAUGACGGGGACUUUCCUCGGGUUUUCGAAGCUUCAGUUCCUGUUGGUGGCACCCGAUGGGGCUCGGGCACUGAGCAAUGAAACUAAUGUUAUGGUCCAGCGCGCAGACAAACUUCACGACCAGAUCUUCACAGCAGCCAUGAUAAUUCUAGUGGGCAUCGCUUAUAUCAACAUGGGAUGUGCCAUUGACUUGGAAAUCAUUAAAAGGACACUGAAGAGGCCUGUGGCACCGGCUAUAGGCCUAGCAUCGCAGUUAUUUAUGCCUCUGACGUCCUACGCUCUGGGAUACUUCCUGUUCAAAGAGUCCCCUGCGCUGUGGCUCGGGCUCUUUAUCAUCGGCUGCUCUCCUGGCGGGGGAGGCUCCAACAUCUGGACGUACAUGCUGGGCGGUUCCCUUGACCUCUCCGUCACCAUGACCUUCGUGUCUACCGUGGUUGCCUUCGGGGCCUUGCCUAUGUGGGUGUACAUGCUCGCCAGCACCAUUUUCCAAG